AUGGAAAAUACCAAAGAAGAAAACAAUGAUGCCCCAGAUGUUAAACCAGAAGAUAAUCAUAUCAACUUAAAAGUUAAAAGUGCUAAUGGCGCUGAAAUUUUCUUCAAAAUCAAAAGAACUACUCCACUUAAAAAAUUAAUGGAUGCUUAUUGUCAAAGACAAGGUCUUCAACAAGGUUCAGUUCGUUUCUUAUUUGAUGGUCAACGUGUUAAAGAUGAUGCCACUCCAAUUUCUUUAGAUAUGGAUAAUGAUGAUGCUAUUGAUGUAGUUCUUCAACAAACUGGUGGUUCAUUCUAA